CAUUGCAUCAUGACUGUUCGUUAUUUGAGCUUCGUCGUCCCAAUUGUAACAAUCUCCAAAUUACUUCGAUUAUCUUGCUGGAGAUGUAAGAUAACAAGUUCGAGUGAGCGCGCGAGAUAAGGUGAUCCGAUCGUGAGGCCAGUCGUUCGUACCUGGUCGCGAUAUUGCACUGGAGCAGUCAUGUUGUUUAUUUCGCGCAAUAAAUUAGGCUGAGAUGAGAGGGCGAGUGAUAUCGUAAAUUCGAACGAGCGCAUAAAAGAUGAGUAUUCGCGUUGCAAUUAAUAUGCAUUGAUAGACGCUUGCAUUUUCGCGUUGGUCACUUCCUGCCCAUUCGCAACAUUCUCGCGCCACUUUGAAACGUCUACCAGCUGGUAAACAUGGUAUCCUCGUGGUGUUACUUCAUCUUACCGGUGCUCCUGUUUGUCGCGCUGCUGCGUAAAUGUCGCGAGUGCAGCUGGGGAAGAUGCAGGAGCACCAGCAAUCUGAACGGCCUGGUGUUUCUCGUAACAGGCGCCAACUCCGGUAUCGGUAAGGAAACGGUAAAGGAACUGGCGAAACGAAACGCCACGAUCAUCAUGGCUUGCAGGGACAUGAGGAACGCUAAGAACGUGAUUGCUGAGAUACGUAGUAAAAUACCUACCGGCGAAUUAGUUCCAAUGGAAUUAGAUCUUGCGUCCUUCUUAUCAAUCAGAGAAUUUGCCAACAAAGUACUAAAGGACUUCUCACAGAUUCAUGUGUUAAUUAACAAUGCUGGUGUAUAUGCAUCACUCAAAGAUCAUGCACUGACAAAAGAUGGUUUUGAGAUUCAUUUUGGAGUGAAUCAUUUGGGCCAUUUUCUUCUUACCAAUCUGCUACUGGACCGUCUUAAACAAAGUACACCUAGUAGAAUAGUAGUACUGACAUCCAAGCUUCUGGAAUCUGGAGUGAUAGACUUUUCUAAUCUAAAUGGUGAGAAAGGAUUGCCAGUAAAGGGUAGGAUGAACCCUGGUUAUUGCAAUUCAAAAUUGGCAAAUGCUUACUUUGCUGCCGAGCUUGCCAAACGAACAGAAAACUCUGGUGUUAAUGUCUAUAUGGUGUGUCCUGGAUUUACCUACACUGGUCUGUUCAGAAAUGUGAAAAGGAGUUGGUUUCAUUAUAUUAUUUUCUCUCCUUUCGCUCUUAUGUUCUUACGUACUGCAAAUCAGGGUGCCCAAACAGUACUGCAUUGUGCAACAGAACCUUCACUGUCCAAAGAAAGUGGGCAUUUGUAUCGUGACUGUAAACUGUACAUCUCCAAGAAGGAAUUAGAUCCUGAAGUAGCCCUUCGUUUCUGGGACAUAAGUACGAAAUUGACUGGUAUAAAAGAUGCGGUGAAAUAAACGACGUUAUAUAUAUUAAGUAUAAGGACGCGUGUUACCGUAUACCGUCGUAAGUUCACUUCUGUCGUGUUCCAAAGCAGCCAUUCGAUACUUAUUUUUGUAUUUGAAGAGAAUAAGAUAAAACAACGAUGUGGCACACUCUUGUUUCCAUUUUUAUGUAUUUAAAAAAGAAGUCAUAGAAAGACUUUGUUUUUUAUAUGCAUAUAUUUUAGAAUAAGGUUUGUGUCUUUGAUUUUAAUGUAUGUGUUAUGGACAUUUUUAUAAAUGAAUGUAAUUAUGUGUUAUUUGUGAGAUUAUAAAUGAGUAAGAGUGCAGAAAGAAUAAGGACCUAUAGAAGCCUAAAUCGCAAUUAUUGUUGAACAGAAUCUAAGUAAAUAAUAUAGAAGAGCAAAUAUAUAAACGUUCCAGGAAA